CAUUUCUAACAAAAAGCAAGGAUCUGGGAAUAGGGCUGUAGUCUGGAUUGGGACUACAGCUAUGGAGGAGCAGGGAAAUCAGAAUGUAUCAGACACAAAAAGUAAGAUGGAUCCGAAAACUCAAACUAGGGGUCUAACAACUGGAUGCAACCCCACUAAUGAGGAGGACUUUGUGCUGCUGGAAAGAGAUGAGACCUGGAUGUCGUCUGAUGCAGGAACAAAUACCGCUGUUGGCCACGGCAAAACAGCAGACACGGAAGACCCUUUUGAAAACUGCUGUGACAACAAACCUCCACAAUCUUCCAGGAAUACUCCUCAAGACAACAAUAAUCAAAAGCAAAAGACUGAAGAAGCCAGUUCAAAGACAUCACCCGAAGACUGUUUUGAGAGAGAAAUGGGUCAACGUUUGGUUGAAGUGACAGGCAGCAGGUGUCAGCUAAAAGGAGAAAGCCAUGUUGGAGCUGCCUGCAGCGAGACAACUGGUAGAGGAAGAGCAGAGACCGAGCAAAUGCAAACACAAAAGAAUCAGCGCCAAGCAGUGGAUCAUGAGAACAAGUUUGCUGGAGCUGUAUCUAAGAGGGCCAAAGCAGGAGCCGCAGGAAGUCACUUCUCCUCUUCCAAAGACGGUCAGUUGUCAGACAAAAUUUUCAGCUCUCACCCUCCCCAGUCGGUAAGCCCUCCGUCUGUAGAAUCACAGCAGCAAGACAGUCCCUCAUUUACACGAGAACAAUGUGAUGGGAAGCAUUGUCCUCCCCUAACAAGGGCCAGGGAUGGAAAGAUACAGGUGGCAUGCUUAAAAAAGGAGAGUGAGCUGGUGUGCUUCUCUGCAAUUGUCACACCUCCACCUUUAAUCCAUCUGUUACCGAACAAAGACACAACCAUUGUAGAGGCUACGUCUGCUUCAUCCUGUUCCAACAAUGACCUGAUGAUAACAGAGAAACCUAAAGUCAAAGGUCCACCUCCUCCUGUCCCAAAAAAACCCAAGAACCCCUUCAUAAAACUUAAAACUGCACAGUUAAUGUCAAGUGACGUGCAAAGAAGAAACAAAGAUCAUCUGCGUUCUGAGGAAAGGGUCAAAAGGAGACACACUUUUCAUUUCAACAAAGACCUUCCGUGCAGCGCUCCAACUAAUCAGGACAUGUGCUUGCUGUGGGACGAAGGCGGCACUUACACCAUACCUACCAACGUUCGACGACUGUCUGCUGACAUUAGCCGGUGGGACCAUCUAUCUCCUGGGCGUAUGGAUGACCGAUACGGGGAUUUGGUUGACUUUGAGUACUGUAUGCGAGUAGCUGAACUGUCACCAGAGGAGGAGCCACCAAACUUAGACAUGCUGCAGAGAAAAGUGUUGCCAGACAGAAGCUUCAGGCGUAAAUGGUCACCUCCUCCUGUCUCUACAAAUAUGCUCACUUCAACAGAGACUCUUCACACCCCUGAGGACACACUUGAUAGUGAAUCUGAAAUGUCCAAAUCUGUCCCUUUAGAAGAAACACAGCAGCAAGACAGUCUCUUUCUGGAGAAAAAAGACAUAGAUCCAGGACUUCUAGCUGAAAGAGUCCAGAUGCAUGUCAGCAAAUCUACCCACCGUAACUAUAGUCAUCCAACAGAUCUGAACAGAGAUGCAGCAAGGGGCAGUGAAGUGGGGUCGUACAAGCCCGUGGCAGAAAUCGUCAAGGCAACAAACAAAAUGCAGAAACAGCAGGGCCACGUCAAACCCAAGGUGACCAAAUCUCCGGUUCGUUUGGCAGAUCAGAGCCCAAGCAUGAAGGUUUCACAAAUGAAGAACACAUUCGACGUCCCAAAGAAACCCAAGGAGAGACCAGCAGAAGUGUUAAUACCUCCAAAGAAAGAUAUGUCGCGGCGAGUUGUGCGACAGAGCAAGUUUCGUCAUGUGUUUGGCCAGGCUGUGAGGAACGACCAAUGCUACGAUGACAUCCGUGUGUCCAGGGUAACAUGGGACAGCUCCUUCUGCGCCGUCAACCCCAAGUUCGUUGCCAUCAUCAUAGAGGCGAGCGGAGGAGGAGCCUUUCUCGUCCUUCCUCUACACAAGACUGGCCGUAUAGAUAAGGUGUACCCAACAGUGUGUGGACACACAGGCCCAGUGUUGGACAUCGAAUGGUGUCCUCACAAUGAUCACGUCAUCGCCAGCGGCUCAGAGGACUGCACGGUCAUGGUCUGGCAAAUACCAGAGAAUGGACUGGAGACGCCUCUGUCGGAGCCUGUGGUCGUGUUGGAGGGCCACUCCAAACGCGUUGGCAUUGUCUGUUGGCAUCCCACCACUCGUAACGUUCUCCUAAGUGCAGGGUGCGACAACCAGAUCAUCAUCUGGAACGUAGGAACGGGAGAGGCCAUGAUCAACCUGGAUGACAUGCACCCUGAUGUUAUCUUUAGCGUCAGCUGGAGUCGCAACGGUAGCCUGUUGUGCACUGCCUGCAAGGACAAAAGGGUCCGUGUCAUCGACCCGCGUAAAAAGAAGAUCGUGGCGGAGAAGGACAAAGCCCAUGAGGGAGCUCGGCCAAUGAGAGCAAUCUUUUUAGCAGAUGGAAACAUUUUCACCACUGGAUUCAGCCGCAUGAGCGAGCGCCAGCUAGCCCUGUGGAAAUCUGAUAACAUGGAUGAACCAAUUUGUGUUCAAGAGAUGGACACCAGCAAUGGCGUUCUGCUGCCCUUUUAUGAUCCUGACACUAAUAUAGUCUACCUGUGUGGAAAGGGGGACAGCAGCAUCCGGUACUUUGAGAUCACAGAGGAGGCGCCGUUUGUUCAUUACCUCAAUACCUUUUCUACGAAGGAGCCCCAGAGGGGAAUGGGCUACAUGCCUAAGAGAGGCCUGGAUGUCAACAAAUGUGAAAUAGCAAGGUUUUAUAAGUUACAUGAGAGAAAAUGUGAACCCAUCAUCAUGACAGUCCCUCGUAAGUCGGAUCUGUUCCAGGACGACCUCUACCCCGACACAGCCGGCCCCGAUCCCGCCCUGGAGGCAGAGGAGUGGUUCACAGGCAAGAACGGAGGCCCCAUCCUGAUCUCGCUGAAGGACGGCUACGCCUCCACGAAGAACCGGGACCUGAAAGUGGUCAAGAAGAACAUCCUGGAGAGCAAGCCAGCCCCAAAGGCUGAACACAUACCCAUUGUCCAGAAGCAUGCUCCGCAGUCCUCAGUAAAAAUGGAAGACAAACUGGAAGAGGUACUCCGAGAGUUUAAGUCACUCAGGGACCGUGUCAUCCUUCAAGACCGUCGAAUCGCCAGAUUGGAAGAGCAGGUUUCCAAGGUUGCCAUGUAAACUGCAGAGCCUUUUUUUAAAAAGAAAGUCAACUGUACGGAUUCAGCUGUGGCCAAAUUUCCGAUAUUCGGCUUCAACGAGCUUGGUUUCAUCUGUCUGAUGGGAACGAGCUCGCAUUCCAAGAUGAACUUUAUUCAUCAGUCCUGUUCCACACUCCACCCCUGAAACACACAGAUUAAAGAGGAAAACUCUUGAAGAAAAGACAUUUUUUGUUAAAGAAAGUCUUAAAAACAUUCUAAUGUGAUGUUUGAACUUACAGCUCAAAAACUGUAGCAUCAGUAUUUCCAUCAUUAUUAUUGUGUUGCCAAAUAUGAAUUGUAUGCUGUUUCAUGCACUGCUUUCACAUUUAUUUUUCGCCCUCUGUUGUACAUUCCAGCAUUCCAGUCACAACUUGGUGGAACAAUAUUAGUCAAGCUGGAAUUUAAGAGUUUAUUUCUUUUUUUUUUUUUUCAACAAUAGCUGUUUUUUUCCCGCCAUUUUGCUCAUCAGUCAGAAAUACGAAUGUGGAAUAAAUCCUCCAGAAACA